GCUAUCUGCAUAGUCUGCUCCCGCUCGGGCCCGCUCGCGAACGUACCCAGCAGCAUCCAAAGCUCCCGAGCGAUCCUUGUCAUUCCUGUGCCCUGCUAUAUCUUUGUGUAUUGUGCGCUGUGGGAAGGUUGUUGUUGUGGUUGCUGCUGCUGCUGCUGCUGCUGCUGCUACUGCUUGGUCCGUUUCGCUUGCAGGCUCAGCUUCCUCCCAUUCAGCGGUGAAGCGCGAGGUACUCCCGAGAACUCCAGCUCAGAUACUGUUUCGCGUUAUCACACGAGUGAUGUGCAGUCGCACGGCGGAUGCUGAUCACGCACCGAGGGGAACGAACCGAACAACAACAACAAAAAUGCUGCUCUGUGCUCUGUGGCCCAGUGUUCAUUAGUGCGUGCAGCGUGAGUGGCCGUGCGUCCCACUAGCUUGCAGCCGUUCCUGCGAGCCCACCAGACCGCCGUUCCUGCCAAAUAGGUGGCCAAAACCACAACAACAAAAAGAACAACGCUAGCCCAAUUGCCCGCCUGCCGUUCGAGUGGUCAGCCAGCCAAGCCCAGCCCAACAUCCAACAUCCCAGCACACACCGGAUGUGCCUCUGCCAAAGCGUCUGCCCGCCCGCUCUACGCUGACGAGUGAAUUUCCUUGUGAAGAACCAAACCGGAUGACUGCUCCGCGAUUCUAGAGAUCUACUGCCAACCAGCGAUGCACUAACGCCGUGUCCAGUGGGAUGUGGUGAAGAUGCCACUGCAGGUGAAGCUCUAGCACGAUCACGCUUAUGACACCAAACACGUGACGACCAACCAGGUGUGUGUUCGCGCCGAGCGUGUCUGUAUGUGUGGGUGCGUGCGGGUGUUUGUGUGGCUGUAUUUGUUUAGUGGAUAGGCAACGGAUCGGACGGGUUUGGACGCCUCAGAGCUUGGAAUUUCAGCAACUAAACCAAAACGAAAAAACAAAAAUCAAAAACCUAUCACACAGAGACUACUAGCCAACGCUAGCAGGGCAAAACCGGUAGCACCACGCGUCAAUCAACCAUUCAAACAUGUGGCAAAUUCUGAUACUUUGCUUCCUCAACUCAGUACAACUCAACAAUGCGUUGCGAAGUGUGCACCAGAGAUCGAUGGCGGCUGGCCGUCUGGAGAAUGUAACACAGACAAUAUCGCGUAUACUGGAGGGUUAUGACAUUCGACUAAGACCAAACUUUGGUGGGGAACCAUUACACGUGGGGAUGGACCUCACGAUAGCGAGCUUUGAUGCAAUCUCGGAAGUGAAUAUGGAUUACACUAUCACUAUGUACCUAAACCAGUACUGGAAGGACGAGCGGCUGGCAUUUAACGCGUUCGCCCUGUGGGGAGACAAUCAGAAGGAUCAAACCGGCGAGAUCAUGAUAGAGGACGACGGUGCGAACGAUGUGAUUACGCUGUCGGGCGACUUUGCGGAAAAGAUCUGGGUACCGGACACGUUCUUCGCCAACGACAAGAACAGCUUCCUGCACGACGUGACCGAGCGAAACAAGCUGGUCCGGCUGGCGGGUGACGGUGCGGUCACGUACGGCAUGCGCUUCACCACGACGCUCGCCUGCAUGAUGGACCUGCACUACUAUCCGCUCGACUCGCAGAACUGCACGGUGGAGAUCGAAAGCUAUGGCUACACCGUGUCGGACGUGGUGAUGUACUGGCGGUCGACACCGAUCCGUGGGGUGGAGGAAGCAGAGCUGCCACAGUUCACCAUCAUCGGUUACGAGACGAACGAUCGGAAGGAAAAGCUAGCCACCGGCAUUUACCAGCGACUGUCCCUGUCCUUCAAGCUGCAGCGCAACAUCGGCUACUUCGUGUUCCAAACCUAUCUGCCCAGCAUACUGAUCGUGAUGCUGUCCUGGGUGUCGUUCUGGAUCAACCACGAGGCGACGUCGGCCCGCGUGGCGCUCGGCAUCACGACCGUGCUGACGAUGACAACCAUCAGCACGGGCGUGCGCAGCUCGCUGCCCCGCAUCUCCUACGUCAAGGCGAUCGACAUCUAUCUGGUAAUGUGCUUCGUGUUCGUGUUUGCCGCACUGCUCGAGUACGCCGCCGUCAACUACACGUACUGGGGGGCGCGCGCCAAGAAGAAGAGCAAAAAGAACAAGGAAGCCGAGCGGAAGGUGUUCGGUAAAACGGAAAAGACCUCGACCUGCUCGGCCGACGACAUCAUCGAGCUGCAGGACAUCCGCAUGAGUCCGAUCGCGUCGCUGCGCAACCGCCACUACUCGAACACGAUCACCACGACCGACAGUGUCGACUCGGCCAAGUUCCCACCGAGCUUCCGCAUCGCCCGUUCGUAUGGGUCGAGCACCCGCAGCGGCCUACGGUACCGCAGCUCGAGAGGCCAGGGCCGACCGAAGAUGCUGCACGCGAUCAAGCGGGGCGCCUCGGUCAUCAAGGCGUCCAUACCGAAGAUCAAGGACGUGAACGUGAUCGACAAGUACUCGCGGGUCAUCUUUCCCGUGAGCUUCGCUGCCUUUAACGCCGGCUACUGGAUAUUCUACGUGCUCGAGUGACCCACAGUCAACUAAGAGCGCAGCAGGCACUUACUAGCAGCAGUAGUAAACCAUACGCUCUGUAGACCAUUCCGCCUACGACUCUUCCUUCCCUCCCCUCUCCCAUUCAUCCACCUCCUACCCAUGAGAAUCAGGCCGAUUUAUGCACGCUCCGUGCGGGCGAUCAAACGACGGAACCGGCAAAGAGCAGACGGAUCAGGUCCUCCCUUUUUUGUGUUUUAAAGCCCUUCCUUGCCCCUCCUGCUCCAGUGCACCCCACUCUGCAUCUGGCUCUUGCUCGUUCAGCUCAAAAUCUUAUCUAUUCGAUGUGCAGGGAUCAGCGUAUUCGACAACAAAACUAAACCGAACGACUUAUAUCAUUGAUGACGACAUGGAUGGAGAAGGCGUACCAGAUGAGUUUCGCGCUUGAUUGCCAGCGGGCGAUGAGCAACCACACGUGGUAUAAGCAAGCAAAAGUGGACAUAAAAAACCCACCAAACCCAACAAAAACAACAUCAAAACAGUGUAGGCAAAAUUAAGGCUUGACGAAUUUGUAAAAAUAACCACAGAUAAUCAAAGAUGCAGUCAUAUUAUUUUUCCAAAACACACCAACACACAGAAGUAAAGAUAAUUACACUACAAAGA